GUUCCCGCGGGGUCUUAAAAAGUCUUAAAAGCAUUGAAUUUAUGAAUUUGGAAUUAAUACCUUAAAAAGACUUGAAAAAGUCUUGAAUUUUGAUAUCUGGGUCUUAAAAAAUCGGCAGUAUAACUUCUCCGUAGCGCAUUCUCCUCAAAAGUCAAAACACCGGAACCAAUAAUGAAUGCAACGCUUCCGCGGGUCCCAUUUAUAUUUCCAUGGUUCCCGCUUCCCACACGUCACUUUGCUACAGUACACCAACAACAAGCCAAGCAGAAGUGCGCAAUUUUUUUUUGAACGUUUGUUUAGGUUAUCUAGCGACCCAUUUUAUGCUGGGGUUAUGGGGAAAUGUAAGUUUAAUGACGCGUGGCGAGAUAAACAGGCAUUUUGCCACUGGUUGAAACCGGUGGACAAAAAUGUUUUCGCGGCUUUUUGCACCGUAUGCAAAAAAAUUAUUCAGCUUGGUACGAUGGGCUUGAAGGCUUUAGAGUCCCAUGCCAAGUCGUCCAAGCACAUUUCUUCUAUAAAAGGGAAAUAUCAAACUCCUUCCAUCGCCGGAGUGUUUUCUGCUAGCGUUGGCCAGCCAGCUGUUGUGCCUGAAUCAGAAGCAGAAGCAGAUAACCAGCCAACUGCUAGCACUAGCAGUGAUACAGCAGCCCCUCCAGUUACGACGACUAGAGUGGAUCUGCGCACAUCUUUUGGGUCCACACCCACUAUGAAGGCAGAGGUGUUGUGGACUCUUAAUACCAUCUCCAAACACCAGUCUUACAAUGGUAAUGACAGUAUUUCAGAGCUGUUCAAAUGCAUGUUCCCAGAUUCCGACAUCGCUACCACAUUUACUUGUGGUCCUGACAAAACGGCGUACAUAGCCAAGUUUGGUUUAGCUGUCUAUAUAAAAGAGGAACUGGUGUCCCAAGUCAACAAAUCGCCGUUCGUUCUGAUGUUCGACGAGAGUCUCAACGAGACUACGAAAAACAAACAGCUGGAUGUGCAUGUCCGCUUCUGGAACGAGGGACAGGUUCAGUCCAGAUAUCUGGGCUCCCAGUUUAUGGGACAUUCCACUGCACAAGACCUGCUGUCACAUCUCAAAGUAAGCAUGACCCUUUUUACUCUACUUUCCUUAACAAUGUUUGUUUAUGUGUUUAUGUACUUGGCAGACGCUUUUGUCCAAAGCAAAUACCGUAUUUUCCGCACUGUAAGGCGCACCGGAGUAUAAACCGCAGCAGCUAAAUUGAAUGAUGUGGUCAUAUAUAAGACGCACUGGACUAUAAGCCGCAGGUGUUUUAAUGUUUAAUUACCAUUAGGGCUGGCCCGAAUGCCAUUUUUCAGGCUUCGGAUACUCGUUGGUUUUUCCGAGCGAUUAAUCGAAUACUCGUUCCAGAAAAAGACACCACCAAAAAUAACAUUAAUAAUCCCUAUAUACUCCCUGGAACCGAUUAUGACAGUAUCUGCAUAUUUUGUUGAAGAUUUAAUAGCUUUUUACCGUUAAUUAGUAGGCCUAAGUAGGUUGAAGUUCCUUAGUUUUUCCCUGUGGAAGCGAACAGCUGUUGUUCCGUUCCGAAUCAAGUGUGUGUGUGUGUGUGUGUGUGUGUGUGUGUGUGUGUGUGUGUGUGUGUGUGUGUGUGUGUGUGUGUGUGUGUGUGUGUGUGUGUGUGUGUGUGUGUGUGUGUGUGUGUGUGUGUGUGUGUGUGUGUGUGUGUGUGUGUGUGUGUGUGUGUGUGUGUGUGUGUGUGUGUGUGUGUGUGUGUGUGUCAAUAUGUGAUGCUCACCUAGUCCUCUUAUUUUGAGUAAUGAAAUGCAGCCCUUUUUUCAGGAAUGUAUGGACAAACUGAACCUCAGGAACUUGGUGUCUAUUUCAAUGGAUGGGCCCAAUGUGAAUUGGAAACUCUUCGACCUUUUCCAGAAAGAUCAAGCUGAGCAGUACGGAGGUGAGGAGUUUAUAAUGCUAUUACUGUGUGUGUGGGUCUUCAGCUCGUUUGUGUGGGGAGCUGUGGCCUACACACGCUACACAACUCCUUCAAGUGUGGGUUCACUGUAUGGCAGCUGGACAAAUUGCUGAGAGCAAUGCACACAUUGUUUCACAAUACGCCUGCCAGGAGAGAGGAUUACAUCACCGUAACCAAGUCCAGUGUGUUCCCUCUAUCUUUCUGUGCCCAUCGUUGGGUAGAAAACCUUCCGGUUGUGGAGAGAGCCCUGGCAGUCUGGCCAUCACUUCUCCUGUACAUGGAAGCUGUGAAAACAAAGAGACUCCCGAACCCUGGAACAGCAUCAUAUGACACACUUGCAGCAGCCAUAAAGGAUCCACUCGUCUUGGCCAAAUUGCAGUUCUACGCAGCAAUUGCCAGGACCUUCAAUCCCUUCCUGAAAAAAUAUCAGACGGAUGAGCCUGUGCUCCCAUUCCUCCCCAAGGACCUGACCGAGUUGAUGAUGAGUCUACUCAGACGCUUCAUAAAAAGAGAAGUACUACACGAUAUCACUGCCCUGCAGCUGACCAAACUGGAUGUCACAGACAAGACCAUCUGGCUCAGCCCACAAGACAUCAGCAUUGGUCUAGGUGCAGAGUCAGUCCUUAAGAGAAUCAAAGGUGCAGAACUCAGGGUGCUCGAGUUCAAGAGAGAGUGCAUGCAGGGACUGAGUAACAUGAUCAAGAAAGUGCAGGACAAGAGCCCCCUCAAGUAUCUGACUGUUAGGCAGAUGGUGUGCCUGGAUCCGUCAGUAAUGUAUAGAGAACCAGAAAGAGGCAGGAAUCACAUGAAAGGGCUGGUUCAAAGGUUUCUCCAGGACAAACAGCUUACUGAUACUUCUUUGGGGGAUGUCAUACUGCAGCAGUUCGACAGUCUCCUGUCCUUGGAGAGCCGGAGUGAGGACUUCCUCUCCUUUCAACCCAUGCAGAAGAGGCUGGACAUCUUCCUGAGCAGCGCCAUGGAGCCUUAUCCCGAGCUGUGGGCCUUCUGCAAGAAGCUGCUCAUCCUCUCCCACGGUCAAGCUACAGUUGAGCGUGGAUUCUCAAUCAAUAAAGAGGUGGAGUCUGAUAACUUGGAGGAGGAUACUGUGGUCACACGGAGACUGGUGUGUGACUUCAUCAUACAACAUGGAGGUGUUACCAAGGUUCCACUCAGUAAACCGCUACUGGAAAGUGUAGCAAGGGCAAGGACAAGGUAUCGUACCCAUCUGGAGACCAAAAGAAGGAACAGGGAGGCAAAAGAGCAGGCUCUCAAGAGGAGGGAAGCAGAGGACUGUCUUGAGGAGCUGAAGGUUAAGAGGAGACGUGUACAGGAGGUAUCUGAGGGUCUGGCUAGGGAUGCGGACAAGAUGGCUGAGGAGGCUGAAGCGAAGGCAGGGAGCAAGAUGGCUGGCCUGAUCACCAGGUCAAACAUCCUGCGGAGAGGCCAUAAGGAGAAGUUGGCAGAACUGGCUCUCCUUGAUAAAGAGAUCGCUGCUAAGAGUGCAGAACUUAGGAGUUGACUGUGAUCAUAAUUUUAUUUAUUGUUGAGUUGAUUUUCAUUGUUUAUUGUUCAGGAGUCUGUGCUGUUGGCGUAAGUACUCACCACUAUGCUGUAAUGUUCCAUCAUUCCAUAAUGCUUUACAGUCCACAUUUUCACAUUUGUUGAAAUAAAUUAACAAAUUUUGAACAAA